UUUUUAUAGUUUUUUUGGAAUUUAACAUUGUCUUUUUCAAUUUUCAUUUGUCUCGUGGCGAUUCUUUAUAAGCUGUAUUUUUAUCACGGUAGUGUUACCUUCUCGUUAACGUACUCACUCAUCAUUUCCACAAGUGAGCAGCAAAGAUGGAGGAUGACAUAGACAUAGAGGAGCAUGAUCUGUUGAACGACCCAGCCUUGAGGAGUGUGUUUCCAGAUCUUGCCAUUGUCAAACAUGAAAUCAUUGAUUUUUAUAUUAUCAGUGAAGAGACAAAUGAAAAUGUAAAGGACAGCCAGUCAGAGGUAAACAGUUGGAAUAUUCCUGUUGUGUGCUCUGCUCAAGAUGUAGACGUUAAACCUGACAUCCUACAUACGGACAUUGAUGCAAUCAUUACUCUGAACAGCAAUGCAUCACUAACUGACAAAUCAGGGUUUCGUAUCAAGAAGGAAGCAGAAGACUUUGUAUCGAAUAAUUGUUGUAUGCCUGUAGCAGACAGUUUGAUUGUUUCAAAUGAGAGGCAGUGUCAUUCCGACGUUGUUAAAGUAGAAAGAUCAGAAGAAAUAGAUAAAAGAUAUGGAACGAGUGACACUCAUGACAUAUUUUACAAAAAAGAAAUAAGAAACAAUAAUCCGCAUAUUAGCACAGGAAUGAUCUCUGUUCAAGUUAAAGGAGAGAGGAUAACCAAACAGUGCAAUGAAAUGAAGGAGUCUCUUAAAGUAGUUUUAACUGAUUGCUAUACAUCUCUAUUGAACAACAACUGUUACUGUGCUCAGUGUGCAGUGUUGUUCCCCACCACUGAAGCGUAUAGUGAACAUUACACGAGCACACACACCGAGACCACCUACUCAACUAAAGCCUCGGCUUCUCUUGUAGUUCGUAAAAGAAGUAAGGCUUUCGAAUAUAACAUUAGCAAGAAAAAAAUAGAGGACCAAACAAAUUUAAAUACAAAACCAUUUGAGUGUGAGAUUUGUCAAAAAGCUUUUAGGCACUCUAAUAAUUUGGACAGACACAUGAAAUUAGUUCAUACUUUAGAAAAGCAAUUCAAAUGUGACAAGUGUGAGAAAACGUUUACGUUAGAAGAAAGACUGAAAAGUCACUAUUUACUUCACACAGGUGAAAAACCAUUCGAAUGUAAAACUUGCAAGAAAAAAUUUACACUAAUGAGUUAUUUAAACAGACACAGUCAAGUUCAUAUGGAUAUAAAGCGAUUUGAAUGUAAGACUUGCAAAAAAAGAUUUCGUGAAUCAAGAGAUUUGCAUCUGCACGAGUUUAUUCACACUGGUGUAAAGCCAUACCAGUGUAAAACAUGCAAGAAAGGAUUUUCACAGAUGGGCAAUUUGAAUAAACACAAUUUAAUUCAUACUGGUGUUAAACCAUUCGCGUGUGCUACUUGUGCGAGAGUAUUCAGGUAUUCCCAUCAUUUGAAGCGGCACAAUUGUAAAGGAUAGCAAUUAUUACAUUCAAGACCCACCGGCUCCAAUCUGGCCGUUUUAAUCCGCACUUUUGACAUAAAUAUAAAAGUAGUAAUAUAAAGUAAUAUAAAUCCGAUAGCAUUGUUAACGAAAAUUAAUAAUGUGAAGGUAAAAUCGAUCACCAUCAUCACCAUCAAUCAGCUGACUGCCAACCUCCAAUAGUGGAGAGGCACUUGAAGAAGAAGAAGAUCAUAAAUCAAGGAGAGAAGUGUCCGCCGCACCGAGACGCCACCCCAAGUGCCAUCGAGAGACUGCAGUCCGCCAGGAGACGCACUUCAAGUCGUUUAGUACUCUCAUUCCCGCAGCCCUUAUCAUGAAUUUUCAUCGUGAACGUGAAGUAGAAUUCAUCGAGUAAUUUUGUAUGAAAAUAUGAACAGCGCCCCUGGCGGUCGGUAGCAGAACUAAAAUUUCUCUACAAAAUUCAUCGAGUAAUUUCGCGUCACGUUCACGAUGUAAAUUCAUGCUAAGAGGUCUGAAGGUUCUCCUGAGCAAGGACUUUUGGCCAGUGGGAAGUGUUUCGACGCUAUAGGGAAGCGAAAAGACAGUGAAAUCCCCUGAGAGUGCUAGAGUAGAAUCGAAAACAAUAGAAAAUCAGUUCAGUGUUACAGUCUGACGAAUCCAAGGAACAUAACACCCCACUGAUGUCGUCCUCCACGCCCAGUAUCGAGCCCCGACGUCUC